AUGGAGCGAUCAGAAACCCAUGAUGAUGAUAACAGUGACAAUGUGCAUGUGAUUGAUAUAACAACCGAUCCUGCUCUUCAACCUUCCAAUGAGACAAAUGGUCGUCAAAAGUGCCUAGAGAAUUCUGGCUAUUUGAGAUCUUUCCAGUUCGUUCUAACAAUGAGCCAAAUAAUAGCAGCCAUGGUUUUCUUCUACAUCUCCAAACAUGAGCACCCUCGUGCUUCUUUACUUGCAUGUCUUAUCUGCUAUGUUUCUGGAUGCGUUGCAAAUCUUGCUCUUCUCUUUUGGCGUUUUUACAAUCGCAAUGAAACAUCAAACACACAUUCUGUCUACAGGAUCAAACUACUAGAAAUAUGGUUGGAGUUGUUCUUUAUGGGAUGGUCUGUUUUUGUGGGCGUGUUGGUUUAUGGAGUACGUUCUCCUGGUUCUGGUGCUCCUAACUUGUACAGGUUAUUAUCAGUGUUUGCAGUUUGUCUCACUUUUCAGUAUAGCAUGUCACUUUGUCUCCCAUGUAUCAUUCCACUUCUGUCAAAAAAAGCUACUAGUACUACUGAGCCGAUUAUCCCUGUGACCACUUUCAAAAUUAAUAUCAAGAAACUAGAGUAUCGGAAUGAUGAAGAACCCCACGAAUGUACAACAGAAGGUGGCGUCGUGUCUACAGUAACAGAAAAUGCAUGA